GAUCCGCUAUUCCAUAUCUAUUUGAUAGCGUUGACAGUUGGUUAUUUUUAUGUUUUAACACGUUACUAGUAAAUUAAUAUUCCAGUUAUAUUUUUGAUAAACUAUGUAAGUCAACUGUGAUGAUUAAAUGCUGACGUGCACCUUUUUUCAGAGAUGCCAGGAAGUUUUAUUCUAUGACAAAUCCAGGCCUGAAAUUGUAAACUUUAAGUGAUGAAGAUCAAUGAGAAGAAUCUGGCGGCUUUUGCCACUUCCCCGACCUGCAUCGACAAAGAAGGCUGGCUGGUGAAAAAGGGCGAGGUAAACAAAGGCUUUCAAAAGAGGUGGUUCAUCCUAAAAGGAAAUUUGCUCUUCUACUUUGAGAAAAAGACUGACAAGGAGCCGACUGGGGUUGUAAUCCUAGAAGGAUGUACUAUAGAAUUGGCUGAGGGUGAGGGUCAAUUUGGGUUUAAAAUUGUAUUCCACGGUCAAGGAAACAGGACUUACGUUUUAGAUGCCGACUCACAAGAGUCGAUGGAACAAUGGAUGAAAUCUUUAGCGUGUGCAAGUAUCGACUAUAUGAAAGUGAUGGUCACCGAACUUGAACGACAGCUCGAAGAGAUGGAAGUCAAUGUACCUUUUUCAAAAGGCGAGAUGGGCCAACCCGUACCGCCUCCGAGAACAAGGCAUAAUCCUUUUAACAGAGCGAGCCCGUCUAGUUCUCAUGCACGGUCACACAGCAUCAGGUCAGCUCCGGGGAGAACAGAUCUCGACAGUCAUAGGCAAAAAAAUUCUUCUUCCAGUGUGUCUUUUAGAGAUGUGCAUACAAGUUUUGGCAGAAAGAUUCUUCAGGAUCUGAACGAGUGGAAACAUAAGCAACGCCAACUCCAACAGCCUUUGAUUCAGUUGUGAAACAAAUGAAUUUAAAAUGUGUACCUCCUUAAUCUUAUUGUUGUAUUUACUUAAUACACACUUUCCCUUCCCUAUUUACAGUUGUACUCAUGUUUUAAUAUGUUAAUUGUAAAUUUUAAGUUUUUGAUUUUUAAUUCAUAUUUUGUAUGUGUAUCCAUUUAAUAAAACUAUUCAAUAUUAAUAUAA